AUGGCUUCUUCAAAUUGUACUUCUCAAGACAUGGCUUCAAUGGCGACACAAAUCUGCAACCAAAUAGCCUCCAUAUUUUCAAACUCCACUCAUCCAUACCCACCCCCUCUCGACCUCUUGGUCACCGAGCUCUCCACCAUCGCCACACAAAAAACCCGCGUUUUCCUCUACGGAGUUGGCCGUGAGGGCAUAAUGCUCAAAGCCCUCUGCAUGCGUCUCGCCCAUCUCGGCCUCUCGGCUCAUCUAGUCUUCGAUAUGACCACUCCGCCAAUCACUUCCGGAGAUCUCCUCAUCGCCUCCGCCGGUCCAGGAGGCUUCUCCACCGUCGACGCCUUAUGCUCGGUGGCACGGUCUAAAGGCGGAAGAGUGCUACUUCUGACGGCCCAACCCGAGACGGGUUCGUGUGUGAAGCAUGCUAGUGUGGUGGCUUACGUGCCUGCGCAGACCAUGGCGAAUGAUGCGGACGAGGGGAAUGUGAAAUCUAGACCGUUGCUUCCGAUGGGAAGUGUGUAUGAAGGUGCACUGUAUGUAUUGUUUGAGAUGGUUGUGUACAAGUUGGGGGAGGUUUUAGAUGAGAGUCCUGAAGCUAUUCGAUCUCGCCACACGAAUCUUGAAUGA